AUGAGUCCCACUCUUGCAGGAGCCUCUUUGCUCUCGGUCAAAAACUGGGUUGCUGUCGUCACUGGUGGAGGCACCGGAAUCGGUCUGAGUACGACCUCGCCAUUUAAAUCACUUGUACCCCACUGCCGCGGCAUCACCCACGCCGCCAAACGCCACGCAACCAAUCGGAAUCAUUGGCCUGCUAACGUUUUUAUGAAGUCCAAAGUUUACAUCACCGGACGACGUCAAGAAGUCUUGGAAAAAAGUGCCAGCGUCCACGGAUCUGCAGACAAGAUUGGCUCUUCUGGGGGUCAAAUCGUCCCUCUUGUUAUGGAUGUGACCAACAAGGACAGCAUCAAGGGUGCUGUCGACCACAUCGCUGAGAAUGACGGCUAUGUUAACGUACUUGUUAACAACGCCGGUGUGUGGACGACAAAGCCCGAGGCGGGUCCUGAAGAUGGCCCCGAGAAGUUUGGCAGCUCCAUGUUUGACCAGUCUAUUGAUCUUUGGCAGCAAGCUUUCCUCGUCAAUGCUACCUCCAUCUACUUUGUUACAGCAGCUUUUGUGCCACUGCUGGCAAAGUCCGUCUCCAGCCCCAUUGGCAAAAUGGGCAGCGUAAUCAACACCACCUCCAACAGCGGUCAGCUUAGAAUGUCCGAGGGCUCGCAGCUGGCCUACAAUGUUAGCAAGGCUGCUUCUGUGCAGAUGACCCGCCAACUGGCCUUUGACUUUAGCCACGACAACAUCAAGAUCCGCGUCAACGGCAUUGCACCAGGCUGGUUCCCCUCGGAAAUGACUACUGGAGGUUCAGACGACAACAACGAGAGCGCCUCGCAGGAAGACACCGCGUUCCAGAAGGAGAUGAGCGACAUUGGUGCCCGUGUGCCUCCUGGUCGCAUGGGCAAGUCGGAGGACUUGGCAAGCGGUCUUCUCAUGCUGGCUACGAACGACUACAUCUGGGGCAUGAAUCUGGUGAUUGACGGUGGCAUCUUGCAGAGCGUGGCUGGAAACAUCUAA